AUGGGUAUGGCGAUCACCUUGAGUCGGGUUGUCUUCUAAUUCAGCUUCUCUGCAUCUAUUUGGCCAAUUCAACAAAAGGAAAAAGAAUUAUGUUUUUCGCGGCCCGUGAAAACGAAAUGCCACGCAGUCCGAGAACGGAUUUUAGGUCCAAUUUUCGUGGGAUUUCUGUUCAUUCGAUCCGAAUUAAAGGCAACCGAGGGCCGAAUUCUUGGUUGGACAAUUACGUAAGCUUUAUUCUUGGUAUGUUGUUGUUUUAGUUGAAUAACAAGGAUUUCCUCGGUCUUAUCAAAAGAGUCUGCCGUCUUUUGGACAGUCGAACCUUUUGAAAAGCUGUUGAGGCCGAUUGCAAGGCCGAAUUUCAAUGUUUGGACGUAGUUUAUGUAAGACUUGCUCUUUUUUAUUAUUUUUUUAGUAAUAACGACAAGGAUCAGGAUGUUAUGGUUUUAUCAGUAAGAUAUGGUCCGAGCGGGAUGCGUCAAAUUGGAGAUGUGUCUUGGUCAAACUUGAAAAGAAUGGAGUGCGGGAAGAUCGAUGCAUCGACGAGUCGUUUGGAAAAGUCGUUGAAGGCAGAAUUGUCUAUUGCACCCGGCGCAGAAGGCCAUAUGUUGGAGACCACAUGA